AUGGUUGGUGCGUUGUGGAAUCUUGGAGAAGUUGCCGAAUGUGUUCUGCACUAUAACCCUCUGUUUGACUUUUGUAUAUAUAAACCAAUAACAAUGUCAAAAGCAUUGCAAUAUUUGCAGUGCUACAACAACUAUGGAUGUUGGUGUGGUGUUGGAGGAUCUCACGAGCCUGUUGAUGGUAUUGACAGGUGCUGCAUGCAACACGACAAGUGCUACGAUGCUGCAGUCGAUAAUAAAUUAUGCUUCGAUGUGGCAUGGGAGUACAUAGACAACUAUAGCUGGAAGUGCACCAACAGUACUGCUACUUGUCACGAUAAUCAUCCUUGCAAAAAAGCGUUAUGUGAUUGUGACGUAGCCGUGGUCAAAUGUUGGUCCCAGUUCCCAAAGCCUAAGGAAAGGCCAAGGUGCAAUCGUUCAAGGCCUACCCCCAAGUCAGACUAUUUCCAGCACUGA